AUGGCCAUCUGCUCAGGCCCGCCCUCUGCCUCUGCUCGGGAAGCAGUUCCGCAAGAAAACAUCGCCGUGAACACGAAAGCGAAUGAUGCAAACGAUGCAAACGAUGCAAACGAGACGAUCCCCUCCAAACACUCCGACGAGAACCUCGAUGCCAUCGACAGCACAGUCGAGUUCGAAGGCGACGUGGACACAAACAAUGACCUGCCCACCCAGGCAACACUCAAGAAGAUCGAGAAUCUGCCGAUCUUGGAUAAAGAUGGCAAAUCCAUCCCCUUCAAGAAUCUAUACACCGGACCUGGGGUCACGCGACGAGUUCUAAUAAUCUUCAUACGGCAUUUCUUCUGCGGUAACUGUCAAGAAUACAUCCGCACCCUCACCUCCUCCAUAACCCCCGACUCCCUCCUGGCCCUCCCAACACCAACCUUCAUCGCGAUCGUCGGGCACGGUUCCCCCGGUCUAAUCCCCAUGUACACCAGCCAAACCGCGUGCCCCUUCCCCGUCUACGCGGACCCCACGAAGAAGCUCUACAACGCCCUCGGCAUGCUGCGAACCCUGAAUCUCGGCUCAAGACCAGAAUAUCAACAAAGAGCGCUAGGGAGCUUGAUUCUGAAUGGGUUUGUGCAAAGCUUGAAGCAGCUCCCGUUCGGCAAGACGUUCCAGGGGGGCGAUUAUCAGCAAGUGGGAGGCGAGUUUAUGUUUGAGCCUGCGAGCGGGGAUCUGUAUACCCCCAUCGGCUCACCCGAAGAAGAGAAUAGACAGAUAGGAGGGGUUGGGAAGAAGGGUGUUGAAGGGAUGUUAGAAGGCGGGUAUAGUGAGGAGAAGAGGGUUACGUGGUGUCAUCGCAUGCGCAAUACGAGGGAUCAUGCGGAGAUGGAGGAGUUGAGGGAGGUGCUGGGGUUGGAUGCGGUGGUGGAUAAGAAGAAGGAGAGGAGGAGGAGUAAGAAGCCUGUGGAGAGGAAAGGGACCGGAUUGAGUCUCGGAUCGAGAACAAGUACGGGGUUUAGUAAGAAAAUUGCGGAGUUGGAGGAUGGAGGGAGUAGUGGGAGGGGCAGCAGACGGUUCAAGAGGGAGGGACGGGAGGAGAAGGCGCUUGAAAGACAUCUUUGA